ACCGUAGUGCCCGGAGUUCCGCGAUUCCCGUCCUUUACUGGUCAGCGUUUCAGUGCCAUCAUGAUGUCACGAUUGCUUGGUCCAUUUGAACUGGACCGUAGUACGCGGAAAUUCGCGAUCCGCAUCCUUUAAUCGGCCACAUCAUGAUGAUCAAAUACCAGCUGACGAACGUGGAGCUUUCCAGACUACCGUAAUUUACGUCAAGUCAGCAAGUACUUAGGUAGACCGAGAUCGUUAUUGCUUCACGACCUCAGUUCCUACCUCCUUUAAAGCAUCAUGUCUGGUACUCUACCCCCAGUUCUCCCAGGUCCUCGUCGCAUCGUGACUUCGCAUGAUAGCGACGGACAAGCCGUCGUUUCAGUUGACGGAACAGUUCAUUCAUCGGUGAUGAUAGAAGGCUUACAUGGUCAUCGAACGGGCACAUUCUGGGCUUCUACUGAUGGUAUGCCAACGAAUGACAACAACUGUUUGGAGGACGGCGGAGCCCGUCAAGUGGGUGACUUCGGAUUAUUUGCAAGUAACACGACCAAUUUCAUAUACAGUGAUCUUGGUCCCGGCGUUCGUACUCCGAUGCAUCGGACUCCUUCUAUCGACUAUAACAUCCUCAUCCAUGGGGAACUCAUUUUGAUAACAGACGAUGGGAAAGAAACCCACCUCAAGAACGCGGGAGAUGUUGUGAUUCAGAAGGGGACAAAUCACGCUUGGAGAAACCCUGGGACGGAAUGGACACGGUGGGCGACCGUUCUGGUCGAUGCGAAACCAGCGGUGGUAAAUGGACAGGAGCUGGGAUUGUUUUUUGGAGAUUGACAAGUAAAUUGGAAAGAUCUGCACCACUGAAACAUGAAACAUUCAAGGCUGAGCAUCGAUUGAGUAUUACAAGUAGUGUCUGGUAUGCACAUACUAGCUCUCCGUGCGAGGAAGACGAUCGUUCC